UCUCUCUCCAAAAAUCCCAUUUUUUUCGUUUUAUGUCCCAAAAAAAAACUUUUUUUUUCCCAUAAUUUUUCGUUGUUUCAGCGCCGCUGUUGAUGGAUUCCGUUCACCGCGGAAUCAAGCGAAGCCUUGUGCCUCCGUCCAAACUCCGUAAACCCUAGAACUUUGCUUCUUCGUUCUCGGCGAAACCCUAAUUCCUGAUUCAUUGUGAGGGAAGCAAGCGAUGGAGGGUGGAGGUGGAGGGGCGGCGGUGGGUGGCCCAAACGCGGGGCUUGUGGCCGGAGGACCGCCGCCUUUCUUAAGCAAGACGUACGAUAUGGUGGAUGACCCGGCGACGGACGCGGUGGUGUCGUGGGGGCCGGGGAACAAUAGCUUUGUGGUGUGGAACACCCCUGAGUUCGCUAGGGAUUUGCUUCCCAAGUACUUCAAACACAACAACUUCUCUAGUUUCGUUCGACAGCUCAAUACCUAUGGGUUCAGGAAGGUUGAUCCUGAUCGGUGGGAGUUUGCAAAUGAGGGGUUUUUAAGAGGCCAAAAGCAUUUACUGAAGACCAUAAACCGGAGAAAACCAUCCCAUUUACAUAGUCAGCCACAGCAACCUCAAACACAAAAUACUCCAGUUACUUCAUGUGUUGAGGUUGGGAAAUUUGGGUUGGAAGGAGAAAUUGAAAGGCUCAAGAGGGAUAAAGCUGUACUUAUGAAGGAACUGGUUAUGCUGAGGCAGCAGCAGCAGACCACUGAUCACCAGCUACAGACUCUCGGUCAACGGCUUCAAGGAAUGGAGCAACGACAGCAGCAAAUGAUGUCAUUUCUAGCGAAGGCAAUACAGAGCCCUGGUUUCUUAGCUCAAUUUGUGCAACAGAAUGAUAGCAACAGACGGAUUUCGGAAGGGAACAAGAAGCGAAGAUUGCCAAAACAAGAAGAAAAAAUGGAUGGUGAACGAUCGUCUCCCAGUGGCCAAAUAAUCAAAUACCAACCAUUGAUGAACGAAGCAGCAAAAGCAAUGCUUAUGCAGAUCUUAAAGAUGGACUCAACUCCUCUGAUGGAGACUAUGGGUGAUUCUAGUGGUUUUUUGAUUAAAAAUUACUCUCCAUCUAUGGAUUCAAUGGAUGCUAGUCCUUCAAAUAGAAAUUCUGGAGUAACUCUCUCAGAGAUGCCAACAAGCACAGGUGUUCCAUAUAUGCCUGUAAGCUCCGGAUUUUCAGUUCCAGCCCAGAUUCAGGGUUCUGCAGGGAUGUCUGGCAUGGUUGCCACAACUGAAAUGCCAGAUACAUCAAUGCUCCCUCCUAUGCCAGAAGGGGUUGCUCCAGGCCGGACUGACAUGAAUAUUCCCGAAUUUUCCCCUCUGCAAGGGAUAGUGUCUGGUAGUAACAUCAGUAACGUUCCUGGUACAAACAGCUUGUACAUGAAUCCCGCAUCUAUUGGACUAGACGGGGAGGAGGACAUCGAUGACAGUGGCAUUGAUAUAUUCGACGAGGAACAGAAGCUCCCGGACAUCAAUGACUCAUUCUGGGAACAGUUCCUUUCUGUCAGUCCAAUUUCCAGGGACACUGCAGAGAUUGAUUCAGAUAUGUUGCAGGCAAAGGAUGCACUGCCGGAGGUUGAAAAUGUAUGGGAUAGUGCUCGCAACAUGGCUCAUCUCACCGAGCAGCUGGGACUUCUCACAUCAGAAAGCAAAGUGUAAGAAACCAAAAAAA